AUGCGGUUUCCUUUUGAACGGUUAACAGCUGUGUGCCGGGAAGAAGGGAUUCUGAGUCUUAUCGACGGCGCACAUGGCAUCGGCCAAAUUCCUCUAGAUCUGGGAAGACUACAGCCGGACUUUUUUACUAGCAACUGUCAUAAAUGGCUUUUUGUUCCACGCAGCUGUUGCGUCCUCUAUGUUCCUGAACGCCACCAGCAUUUAAUUCGCACUACGGUUCCCACCUCAUGGGGUUACAUCCCUGCCCCUGGCGGUCCUAAGACCUCUCCUUCUAUUAUGAAAAGCGAUGACCCGUCCAAAACCCCGUUCGAGAGCCUAUUUGAGUUCGUUGCAACGAAUGACGACACACCCUAUCUAUGUGUCCCUGCAGCCUUGAAGUUCCGCAACGAGAUUUGCGGUGGCGAAGAGCGUAUUUACACCUAUCUGGAGACAUUGGCAAAUGAAGCUGCAGAUCUACUGGCAGCUGCCCUGAACACCGAAGUUUUACAGGAACCAACCGCGAAAAAAAGAGCACAAAGCCAACUGCGACGCUGCGGCAUGGCAACGGUUCAGCUACCCAUUGCUAUUCAGGGAAGCCCAGAGCCUGUCAAACCAUCCUACCUCCUCCUACCAGCAGACCAGGUUGCUGCUACGAUCAAUUGGUUUCAAACCACCCUCGCGUACAAGUACGGAACUUUUGUGCCGGUUUUUGCCCAUGGGAAUUCGCUUUGGACGCGACUCAGCGCACAGGUGUAUUUGGAAAUAAGCGACUUCGCAUGGUUGGCUGGGGUUCUGAAGGAGAUGUGUGGCGAGCUCAAGAAGAGACAAGGCGAUAUGGAUCAGCGGUUGCAAUGA